GUAUAGAAAUCAGAGGGUUGGAGGGAGUAAUAUAAGACUGGUCUGGUAUGUAAUAAAAUAAAGCUGAAACCAAAGAGCACGAGUGAGGCAGAGCCGAACGCUACAAAAGAGUAAUCAUUAAAGCAAGUCUGCCAAGUGAACACGCACAAAAAUGCUCUGAAAUUCACAGCUCCGCAUCUCUACGGCAAAGAGUAAACCAAAAAAUAUACUACUGUAUGAUGAGAGGAAUGGCAUCUGCAGGGCAGAUUUUGUCUGUUUCUUAUACUCCUGUUUACUCUGUUAUCCUCGGGAAAAGGGGGAGAUUGUCGCAAAAUUCUAUUUGUAGAAGUAGAUCACAGAGACUAUGUACUCACUUUCGGAAGCGUAAUUUACAUACAGUACCUGUUCAGCAGCAUCUUUCUCCUUUGUUCAGUGUUGCUCCAAUGAUGGAUUGGACGGAUAAUCAUUACAGGACUUUGGCUCGUCUCAUUUCAAAACAUGCAUGGCUUUAUACAGAAAUGGUUGCUGCGGAAACAAUAGUACACCAGACUGAAAAUUUGGACAGGUUUUUGGCAUAUACACCAGAGCAACAUCCAAUAGUGCUUCAAAUUGGAGGAAAUAAGCUGGAUAGACUGGCAAGAGCAACAGAACUUGCAAAUCCUUAUGGAUAUGAUGAAAUUAAUCUGAAUUGCGGAUGCCCUAGCUCUAAGGUAGCUGGUCAUGGAUGUUUUGGUGUCAGUCUAAUGCUUGAGCCAAAGUUGGUUGCUGAGGCCAUGUCAGUGAUCGCUGCUAACUGUGAUGUUCCUGUGAGUGUCAAAUGUCGAAUUGGUGUUGAUAAUCAUGAUUCAUAUAAUGAGCUCUGUGACUUUAUUUCUGAAGUGUCUGCAAAAUCACCAACUAAGCAUUUCAUCAUACACUCUCGAAAGGCAUUGCUGAAUGGAAUCAGUCCUGCUGAUAACAGAAAAAUUCCACCCCUAAAAUAUGAGUUCUACUAUGCCCUAUUGCGCGAUUUUCCGGACUUAAUGUUCACCAUUAAUGGAGGCAUCAAAAGUAUUGCUGAGGUGAAUGCAGCACGAAGGGAAGGGGCUCAUGGAGUUAUGGUCGGACGUGCAGCCUAUAAUAACCCAUGGCAUGCUUUAGGGCAUGUUGAUACUGCAGUAUAUGGCGCACCUCAUAGGGGUCUUACUCGUCGUAAGGUACUUGAGCAGUACCAGGUAUAUGGUGAUUCAGUCCUUGGUAAACAGGGCAAUAAUAGACCUAAUAUUCGAGAUAUAGUUAAGCCUACACUUGGCCUUUUUCAUUCAGCGCCGGGAAAUGGUUUGUGGAAGCGCAAAGCUGAUGAGGCUUUACGACGCUGCAUGACGGUAAAAUCAUUUUUCGAGGAGACUCUGGAUGCUAUUCCUGACUGGGUUCUGGACGAAACUCUUGGAGAGGCACCUUCAAGCAGUGUGGAGACUUUUGCCAACUCUAAGACUUUGCUACCUCCUCCAUAUACCUAUACAGAGAGUGAACAAAUGGUACUCUGCGCUUAGUUUCUGUGUAGCUUUUAAGCUUUUAGGUAUGUAUAGAGAAGCAGAUCAGUGGUCCUCCACCUGUUAUACUUGUGAAACAAAAUGCAAUGGCAUGUAGUAAUACUCCAUUGGAUUUCAUUGUAUUCUGGACUCCAAUAUUAAUGAAGACUAACUCUGUUAGAAGAUUAGGCGAAGUAUAUAAAAGGAUUUACAACAAUUCAUUGUGGAGACAGGUUCACUCA